AUGCUCUCUUGCGGAAACCUUGCCCUAAUCCUCAUUGCUGCCAGCUUGCAGGGGGCUGUGGCUUCCCUCUCAUCGGGCUGCGGCAAAGCUGUAGGCACCGGCAGUGGCACCAAAUCCACGACAGUAAACGGCAAGACGCGGCAGUACAUCCUGCAGCUUCCGGCCAAUUACAAUGCCAGCACCGGUUACAAGCUCAUUUUUGGGUACCACUGGCGUGGUGGAACUAUGAAUGAUGUCGCCCCCGGCUACUAUGGCCUGCGGGAUUUAGCACGGGAGACAGCUAUCUUCGUCGCACCACAGGGCCUGAACAACGGCUGGGCCAAUAGCGGAGGAGAAGACCUCACAUUCACCGACCAGAUGAUAGAUUAUAUAACUUCCAACACCUGUGUCGAUGAAGACCAGGUCUUUUCCACGGGGUGGAGUUAUGGAGGCGCUAUGACCUUCGAGCUAGCUUGCUCCCGUCCAAAUGUCUUCAAGGCAGUAGCCGUUAUCGCUGGGGCUCAGCUCAGCGGAUGCGACGGAGGUACCACGCCAAUCCCGUACCUCGGCAUCCACGGCGUGGUCGACAGCGUUCUCCCCAUCAGUCUUGGCCGAGGUCUGCGCGACAAGUUUCUUCAGCUUAACGGCUGUGCUUCAAAGAACACUCCCGAGCCCGCCGGCGGCUCCGGCACGCACGUCAAGACAACGUACGACUGCAGACCCGGCUUCCCAGUCUGGUGGAUUGCUCAUUCUGGUGAUCAUGUCCCAGACCCCAAAGACGCCGGCCAGAGCCAAUCGUGGGCACCCGGAGAAACUUGGAGUUUCUUCACCCAGCCGGGCUUGAAAGGGCAGAGCGGCACUGGCGGUGGCAGCAGCAGCAGCAGCAGCAGUGUACCGACAACGUCCAUCACAACUUCCUCCACUAUUCCAACUACAACAACGGUUGGUGGUGGCUGCUCUGUCAGAUACAGCCAAUGUGGCGGUAUUGGAUGGUCAGGGCCAACAUGUUGCCAGAUAGGAACCAUGUGUAACUACUUGAAUGAUUGGUAUUCCCAGUGUCUUUAG